GUCGUCUUGCAGAGCAGACCCUACCCAAGCGAAGCUUCCAGACCUCCCUAUCCUCCCGCGCCAAAGUCACAAGUUCCUUAACAACCCAAAUCAUGUCUGGCGCGGCCGAACACCCGCCGCCUCUACAGGCCCAACCGGACUACUCGACCUGGAGUACGUCGCAUUUGAUAUCUCGCAUCACCGAGUUAGAACGCCAGCUGAAUUCGCGCACCGCGGAAUACACGCCCGCCCUUCCACAAGCCGCGAGGGAUGCCGCGCCCGCGAAUCUUCCCUCCGUUGCCCCUCCUGCGGACACGCCUGCAGCCGCUGCCCAGAGCGUCGCAUCCGACAAAAACGCCUCACAGCAGAACCCACUCCCGGAGGAGGAUGACAUCACACACGCGAAAGCGCCGAGCCGUCCCCCGAAGCAGGCAAGGAUGAUCGAUCCGUCGAAGUACAACACCCGCUACAUAGCGCUCAAAUUCGCCUACCUGGGGCAACGGUACAACGGGCUCGAGCACACGAAUGGGAAUAUCACGCCGCUGCCGACUAUUGAGGAGAUGGUGUGGAAGGCUUUGCGGCGGACGCGUCUGAUCUUCCCGACGAAUGAUUCCGGCGAUUAUGAGGACAGUAAUGAGCCGAGGGCGUUGAAGCCCUACUCUAUCAACUGGGAGGGGUGUCAGUAUUCCAAGGCUGGGCGGACGGACCGCGGUGUGAGUGCUUUUGGGCAGGUCAUUGGGAUUAGGGUGCGGAGCGCGCGGCCGAAGGUUAAUAAGCCGGCUGAGGCGGACGAGAAUGGGGAUACUACGAUGGAAACGGCGGUUGAGGAUAAGUGGGAUGAUAUUGCGGAUGAGCUGCCGUAUAUAACUAUGCUUAACAAGGCUCUUCCGGAGGAUAUCCGGGUUCUUGCGUGGUGUCCGCACCCGCCAGAGGACUUCGACGCCCGUUUCUCGUGCCGCGAGCGCCGCUACAGGUACUUUUUUACCCAGCCGGCGUUUUCUCCGACGCCGGGACCUCUCGGGUUCAUCUCGCCCAAUAAAGCGCAGAAAUCCUCUCUGAAGUACCGAGAAGGGUGGCUGGAUAUUGAAGCAAUGCGCGAAGCUGCCAAGAGAUUUGAAGGCGUGCAUGAUUUCCGAAACUUCUGCAAAUUGGAUACCAGCAAGCAAAUCGAGAACUUCACGCGAAUCAUCCACCAUUCCGAUAUUGAAUUGCUGGACCCCAAGACUAGCCCACUGGGCUACGUUGGUCGGCCAGGCUUUCGAGCCGUGGAACAUCCUGCAUUGGAUACGAGUGACAGAUCAUCGGAGAUAGCAUCGCCCGACUCCUCUCAGGUGUAUGUGUUCAAUUUGCACGGCUCGGCCUUUUUGUGGCACCAGGUCCGACACAUGGUUAGCAUCUUGUUCCUGGUCGGCCAGGGCCUCGAAUCACCAUCUAUUGUGUCCGAUCUGUUGGACGUCACCAACAACCCGCGCAAGCCCAACUAUGAGAUGGCUAGCGAUGCCCCGUUGGUCUUGUGGGAUUGCAUUUUCCCCGAUCAAAAAGGCGACAGUCGGCAAGAUUCGCUGGAAUGGGUCUACGCCGGUGAUCAGAGACAGAGCAAAUCCCAGCUCGGAAAGGGAAGCAGCAAGUUCGGUGCUGGAGGUGUCGUGGACGACCUCUGGUCUGUCUGGAGACAACGAAAGAUCGACGAGGUCUUGGCAGGUGCCUUGUUGGACUUAUCUAUCAACCAGGGUGACCAAACCAUCGUCCACAGCGAAGUCGAGAAUGCCGUUGCGGAGAUGCAGAAGAGAGGACAGAAGCACUUCCACGGCGGCCAUAUCGUUCGUACCGGCGGGCAAUAUGUUCCCGUCUUGCAAAAGCGGAAGUCGGAAACCGUUGAGGCUCAGAAUGCGCGGUGGUUGGCGUCGAAGCAGCGGAAGACAGCCGCUCAGGGUGAAGACUCGGGUCGGUUGGAUAUGUGAAUAGGCAACAAGACUGUAUAUACCUCAUAG